CGUAAGAUGGGGUAGCCUCGCCCGCUCGUUUCUCAGUUUUUUCAACCUUUCAUCGCCUUGCUGCAUACCUAAGUAGCUUGAUUGCCUAUUUUCUAGGCUGAUCACUUGGGACGAGCCGUUUUUAUCGUCCGUCUAAGGUAGCUUGCGGUCCUCUUACUUUAAUCUUAUCAAGCUCCAAGGCUUUCCCAUAUUUGUCCCACGAGCCUCAGCCCUCGUAUGCGCCACGUUUUGGCUAAGUUGGCUAACAUGAAGAGGUAGCAAAAUGUCAGGAACGACGCAAUCCCAGCCCGCCAUCAAUGCGUUCUGCGGCGAACACCACGUCGUCGACUGGAAGGUCGAGCUACACAGCGCCAGUCUUCACAAGGAAUGCUUUGUGGGAAAACUCUGCGUCCUGGCUGAGGAGCAAUUCUGUCCGAAGGCUAAGUUGUUCGCAUGCUAUCAGAGAAGCGGACUAUGGGAUGCUUGCGAUCCUAAACAUCGAGCUUGUCACAUAGGCGAGCCCUGCAUGGUUACUGGUGAGAAAUAUUGCGCCAGGAACCUCUACGUGGCCAAGUAUGAGCAUGUCAAUGGGACCUGUUCCUCCCGCUGGCCGGAUCAUUUGUUUUGUCCAACAAUAUCCGAGCUUGACCAACAAUACUUGUUCCCGGGUUGUCCGGCGUGCGUUAUUCUGAGUGAAGCCAGGGGCCUUGUGCUCAUACACCGCCGGAUGCUUGAUGAGUGUGUGGAAGAAGAAGGGCUGUCUGGCGCGGACGUUGAUUGCAUCCGACUGAGCCUCUCUGGGUACAUGCGGGCCUACAACGUCAGGAGGAGAAUGCAUAUGGAGGAACUCCAAAAAGAAAGUCAGAUGAUACAUGACUUAGAGAUGAAUUAUGCCUCUGGUAGUGGGGAGAUUACGGAGGCUCAGAAGCCCAUUACGGGACGAAGGCGGUGGUGGAAAUCACUUAUUGAGAGUGCCAUCAAGGCCGUCUUCAGCAUUUGGUCUUGAACCGAGGUAGAUUCCAACUGGCUCGAACUGGCUAGGUUGAUUCAUGGCUGGACACUAUGUCUGGUCUAUCUUAUGUAGUCUGUCUCAAAUUCUCAAUUCCGAAAAGUUUUACAUCAU